UUUUUUUGAAUUUUUUUUUUUUUUUUUUUUUGAAAGAAAUUUUGUGAUUUAAGAGUUGGAUUUUGGCUACCCUGAGGUUGACGUGCUAACGUUUUGUUAAGGGAACCUUGUGUUUGGUUGCUUCUGUAUUCGCUGAGAGGGUACUUCUUAUUGUAGUUAUAAAUGUUUUCAAAUUACUAGGUGAGGCCUAGUUGUGUAUGCACUUGUUUAGUUAUCUGGGUUUAUUGUGAUUUUUAUGCGCAAACAACUUAACACAAGCAAUUCUUAUAAGCCCUGGAAAUCUGAAUUCAAAACUUGUGGUUAAUCUGAAUUUAAGGACCAGUUUGUUUGAAAGAGAUUUUGUGAUUUAAGAACUGGAGUUUGGCUAACCUGGAGGUUGAGGUGAGGCUUAUUUGUACGUGCGCUUGAUUAUUUAUCUGGGUUUCUUGUGAUUUUCAUUGGCAAACAAGUUAAGACGACAAGUAAUUCUUAUAAGCUGUGGAAUUCUGAACUCAAAACUUGUGAUUAACUGCUAGUGCUGUUGAUUUUUGCUGUUUAUAGGCCCUGCAUUCUUCACUUUGAAUGGGGACUAAUGUUGAUAAUGUAGUGGAGCCACUUCCUUGCCUCUUCUCGUUCAAGGUUCAUCGUUCAAUGUGCACAGAGUUAAUGAAACUCGUCGAUAGAAUUGGAAAAGUAUUUCCUAAAAUAGAAGCAGCUCGGCCACGAGUCUCAUCGGGAAUUCAGGCACUAUGCUCUUUAAAUUUCAGUAUUGAGAAUGCCAUGCAGAUUCUUCAGAGCUGCUGCGAGUCUAGUAAACUGUUUUUGGUAAUAAUAGGAGAAGAUAUGCUGUCAAGAUGUCAAAGAUUGAGGAACACUUUUGAACAAAGAUUAUCCCAUCUUCAAGAUAUGGUUCCAACUUUAUUGGCUGCUGAGAUCUCUCAAAUUAUCAAUGAUCUAAAUGCAGCAAAAUUUAUGCUGGUCUCUUCUGAUGAAGAGGCUGGUAAGGCUAUGCGUGAACUGAUUCUGCAGGGCGUUUCUCCAUCUGAUUCAGUGGAAGAUCCUGAAAUAAAAGCACUGCAGAUUGCUGCUUCAUGUCUUUUUAUUAAAUCUCCAGAGGCCAUACAAAUAGAGGAAAGAUCAAUCAGGAAACAGUUAGAUAAAGUUGGUCACGAUGAGUCUACCAAGAAGAUCCUGAAUUACCUUUUAUAUCUGUUGAAAAAGUAUGGAAACAUGAUUAUGGAAGAGCAAAUAGAGAAUCCUAAACCUGAGCCUGGAGGAUCUGUUGGACGCAGUGAGUUUAUAUGUAGUUCAUAUGGUGAAGAAGAAUUUGAAAUAGGACUUGAGCAGUUUGAGGCUCAAAUUGAUUUUCUGACGAACUAUACGCUCCCUGAGGAAUUCAAGUGCCCGAUAUCUAGGAGAUUGAUGUUUGAUCCUGUCGUCAUUUCUUCCGGACAAACAUUUGAGAGGGUGUUCAUACAAAAUUGGUUUGACGAAGGUAAUGAAAUAUGUCCAAGAACAAAAGUGAAACUGGCACAUCUAUCAUUCACUCCAAACACAGCCAUGAAGGAAUUGAUAUCAAAGUGGUGUGAAAAAUAUGGAGUCAUCAUUCCUGACCCAAGCAUGGAAGUAUUUGACUGGUUGGAUGUGCGUUCUAUGUCCUUCGCUAGCUCAUGUAGUUCUAUGAGUGAAAUACACUGUCACGACCCAUAUUUGGGGCCUUGACCAAUGUAAGGCUGGACCUUGUCUAACUGCACAAGCCUACUGUACGUAACUACUUGAAUGAAAUUACAUAAGGAAAUGCUUGAAAAUUUUACAUAAGAA